AUGUCAACUAACUCAUUAUGGGUAGAUGAAUUACCAUCUCCUUUGAAGGAGAAUGUCGUUUCAUUGAUACAACGGGACCCUACUUCCAUUAAAAUAUUAGACCAAUUACAUGAUCAUUUCAAUCCUUCUCCUAAAAGACAAAAAGUGGAUAACCCAGAAUCUUCAGUAAGUUUCAUAAACGAUUAUAAUUUAAAGAUUUCUAACAAGUUGAAUGAAGAUGAAAUCAUCUUUGAAAUCCCUAUGAUAUCCUUCCAAUCACCAAUCCGUAAGAAAAUGAAUUUAAUUUUACAUUUACUCGCCGAUAAUGGCCCAGUUCCAAUAUUAUCCAUUGUCAAUCCAUCAACUUCCAUACCUGAAUUAUCCCUUACAAAAUUAUCUGAAUCAGUUAGAUUUUGCUGUGUGUUACCAAUAUUGGGUAUGAGUACCAUAGAAAGUAAGAAAAACAUUGCUUCCUUAUGUUUCUGGUUGAAUGACUCUGCUUAUGUUGAUAAUAAGAAUGAUCCAAUUAUUUGUCAAGUUAACUUGGAUUUAUUGAAGAAACAUUUGAUUAAAACUGGGAAGAUUCCUCCAGAUAUUGAAAAUCAAUUCCAAGAACCUGCCGAAAACCCAGGAAUAAAAUUAAUUCAUGAAGCUAUCUUCCAAUUCUUACAAAGACAAUUCAAAUUAUGUGGUAUUAAUUUGAUAAAUUAUUUACCAUUAUAUUCCAAUAAGAACACUUUCAACAUUAAUACUGACAAUGCCAUUGCCUUAAGUUCCAAAAGUAAUACUAUAAAUGAUAUGGUCAUGGUUCAAGCUUACAAAGGAUCUAAAGAUGGAGCUAUUUUAGUGACCAACAAAAACGAAUUCAACCCAUCAUUCCUUAUUUUUGGAUUUAAGAAACCUAUACUUAUCUUCGAUUUGGAUGAAGUGGAUAAUAUAUCAUAUAGUGAUAUUACUAGAGUUACGUUCUCUUUGAAUGUUAAAUUCAAGAGUGGAAAGACUUUGGAAUUCAGUAUGAUUGAUCAAAAUUACCAUAAUAUUUUAGAUGAUUUCUUCAAAUUACAAAGUGUCUUGGAUAAUUCUUAUGAUGAAAGUUUGAAAGAGAAGACUGACAAGAAACCUGAAACUGAAGGGUCUGGCCAACCUGUAACUGCACCUACUGAAGCUGAUGAAGAUGAUGAAGAGGAAGAUGAUAAUUAUCAAGGAGGUGAAGAGGAAGACGAUGAAGACGAUGUUGCUGAAGAGUUUGAUAGUAAUGUUGAAGAUAGUGGUGAUGAAGGAGAUGAAGGAGAAGAGGGCGGAGAAGAGGCAGGUGAACAAUAA